AUGUUUAUAGAGGGUGGUUCAGAAAAACGCGCCUGCGCCCACGCCGGCUUCAUCGCCCCAGCCGCCCCCGCGUUGGCUCUACACGCCGCCCCCACCGCCUACUCGGUCGCCACCCCCGCAGCGCUGACGUCGCAAUCGUCGAACAUCUACCGCAGCUUCGGCAACCUCGGACAAGUCUCGACCUACCACAAAACCGUUGAUACGCCCUUCUCCAGCGUAUCCAAGUCCGACGUAAGGGUGUCCAACCCCGGCGUGAGAUUCGCCGCCCCCGCUUUGGCUGCUUAUGCUGCCCCAACAGCGUACGCUGCCCAUGCUGCUUAUGCUGCCCCAACAGCGUAUGCUGCCCAUGCCGCAUAUGCUGCCCCAACAGCGUACACUGCUCAUGCUGCAUAUGCUGCCCCAACAGCGUACACUGCCCAUGCUGCAUAUGCCGCCCCUGCAAUCUCUGCCCACGCCGCAUAUGCUGCCCCAGCGGCUGUAGCUCACGGACCCCUUCUAGGAGUUGCUUAUUCUGCAGCCCCGGCUGUGUCUCAUAUCACUUAUGCUUCCGGAUAUGCUAACUACGCUUUCUAA